GAUGUGAGAGGGACCUGGAGAAGGGGCUAGUGCAGCCCUCAACCCCAGGAGCUCUCUCGGAGCCGCCAUCGUCACCUCACCCGUCGAGGCCGGCUCUUGUGUUCUCCAAUUCCAGCAAGUCUCUGCUGGGUUCGAAUUCAGGCAAGGCCCUGCUUCUUUCGAAUUCAGGCAAGGCCCUGGUUGUUUCGAAUUCCAGUAAGUCUCUGGUGUUGUCCAAUUCCGGCAAGCGCAUUGAUCAGUUGGGGAAGAAGAAGUAUGUGAAGCAGGUGACCGGCCGCCACAAUGACACGGAGCUCCACCUGGCUGCACGCCGCGGUGAUUUGGCAGCUGUGCAGCAGUUUCUGGGGGAGAUUGAUGCCCAGAUGGUGGGUUCUGAGUUUGAUGAAGAGGUGGCUGAGAUAAGGUCUGCCAUUGUGAAUGAGGUGAAUGAGUUGGGAGAGACGGCCCUUUUCAUUGCGGCCGAGCAGGGGCAUCUUGGUAUUGUAGAGGAGCUUUUGCCCUACAUGACCGAGGAGGGCAUUUCGUUGAAGAAUCAGGUCGGGUUUGAUGCGUUGCAUAUUGCUGCAAAUCAAGGGCAAAAAGCCAUUGUCCAGGUGCUGUUAGACUAUGACCCGGGGCUUAGCAAAACAGUUGGCCAGGCAAAUGCUACCCCUCUUGUAUCUGCAGCUACAAGAGGGCAUACAGCAGUCGUCAAAGAAUUACUAUCAAAAGAUCCUAGUUUGCUGGAUGUUUCUAAA